AUGGCACUGACAAUUCCCGUCGAGAUCUGCGACAUGAUCGUUGAUCACGUAGUAGCAACAAUUGAGACGGACUACUCUUUACGCGAUCUGUUCCCUUACACGCUUGAGCCAGGUGCUCGACCACAACUCAUGAGCUUACGCUUGGUUAGCCGGAAUUUCUGUGCUGCCGCGUCGCCCCAUCUGUUUAAACGCAAUGUAGCUCCGAUCAAUUCCUCGGUGCGCGGCAGGAGCUCUUUACAAAAAUUUGCUGAAAUCUCACGGAGCAAAUACGCUGCACAUGUCCGCCAUCUAGAGACCGGAUACAACAGCUGGGGCAUCUCUUUCCCUUCAAUAAUCGGCCAGGAAAUCCAGGAUUUUGCUGGGUUGUUAUCGCCUUGUCUUGCUCAACUGUCCGAUUUACGCGUUCUCAAAUUCAGGGCCUCAGGCGAGUCCUGGACACGCGACCACGAAAAGGCUGCUAUUGGAGCAAUUGUUACUGCCCUACGAUUUGUGGUUCUACCCCAUUUAGAAGGGCUUGAACUCUUCUUCCCCAUAGCUCAUGACUUCCGAUACUUUUUUCCCAGCCCAUCUUCUCCAUUGUACAUACCCAUGGAGGAUUUACUGCACGGCCUGAAAUACCUAGCUUUACAUGUCACUGCGUAUACCAAAGUGCUGGGACAGCGAUACUGGAAAACCCCUAUAUCCCCUGCAUACGCUGCCUUUCCAAAUGACUUGCACGCCGCGCAUCUCUUUAGAUUAGUGGAGCUGGCUCCCAAUCUAGAAGCUCUCCAUAUCAGCAGUACAGACGUUCUACCUUUGUACACUAUUCAUUUCAACCCAGCGCUCCGUCUCACCUCACUAUGUCUCGCACGAGUUCUGAUUACGUUCGACCACUUCCGCGCGCUUACUGGCCAAUGCAAAGAUCAUCUCAAGCAUAUCGAACUGUCUUUGGUACAACUGCAUUCUGGCACCUGGCACAUGGUCCUCACGCAGCUACGCCAACUACCGCACCUUAUAGACUUUUCUAUCGGAUCAUGCGGGUAUCCAUCCACCGGGCCAAAUGCACAUCUGACUGUGAUGCUUCCUCCACCAGAUGACCCGAAACCCCUUGAGACGAUGAGUUCCGCGGACUAUGAAGGACUGGAUGAGCUUAGGGAUUUUGUUAAUGCGAAUCGAGUCGCUUUGGGACUUGAACCGUGGGAGCGUAGAGAUCCUCGCUGGUCUAGGUAG